GUCGAUCUCUUCCCUCUCGCCCAUCUGCAAACAAAUCUCUCUCUUCCCUCUCGAUCACAUCUUCUGGUUUCACAUCGCACGGUUUCACAUCUUCCGGUUUCACAUCGCACGGCAGAUAAAAGCUGCAAUUGUUGUGCCCUGCUUGUUUGGUUGGCUGGAAAAUGGUGUUUCUGGGUCUUUAGGUCCUGUUCUGGAUGAAGCGGUAUCACCAUUGCCACCCAACAGACCCAAUUGGCUGUAGUUCAAUUACUGUUCUUGGAGGGAGUGUAUAGAUGUCGCAGUUGAUCACUCGUCGUCGGAGUGUGACCAAUGCGUCUUCCGCAUUAUCAGCAUCUACUGCUCCACCCGUGAGUGCUCCAUUGAUUCAAGAGCCUACACCCCUUGCUGAGGCUACUUCUACGGCGUCUCAGGUACCCGUCUCAUCGACAUCAUCAGUGUCGGUUCAACCGCUCAGUGCACGACGGCCUCACCGGCGCCGCCGCGAGCCGGAGCCUUCUGAUCACACUUCCUCGGCAUCCAGAGUCGAGGGUGAGGCCUCUCGGCCAGCUAAAAAAAACACCAGGGGGCCUAGUCGAAUGCUGAAGCACAAACAGAUCGUACGUCAGACCGGCUCCAAGAUCAAGAUUGUGUAUGACCCGCGACAUCGUGGAGCGUCUACCUCACAGCAGCAUAGCUUCAUCGUUAGUAGCUGUGGUGUUGUUAUUCGAGACAAUUGUCCUUUUCAGUGGCAGUCUUGGGCAGAAAUUCCCGAGGACAAGAAGGAACUGGUGCGACACGAGUUGUCGUUCAUUUAUGAUCUUGAUGACGCAUCCCCCGAGGUCAUGGCCUACUUAGAGGGGAUCUUAGCAAGCCGGUAAAAAAGUUGGAAGAAUAAUUUUCACAAUCAUUUUUAGAAAUGGGAUAAUCUAGAGAUUGCUCGCUUACAUGUUCCAAGCGAAUUGAAUGACCGGCCAAAGGAUUGGGAGUGGCUCUGCAAGCAUUUUACGGACCCAAACUUUGUG